AUGUGUGCAAUUUACGGAUUCAUAAACACUUGCCUGAAAUCUCUAGUCAUUGAGAAAUUUGGCGAAGACACAUGGGAAACACUAAGGACAAAGGCAGAGGUCCAGGAAUCAUUUAUGACUUAUGAGAUUUAUGAUGACACGCUGACCCUGCGCCUGGUGCAGGAGGCCUGUAGAAUGUUGGACGUUUCCUCCGAGGUGGUCCUCAAGCUGUUCGGCGAGUACUUCUUCAGCUUCUGCAAGAUGUCUGGCUAUGACACCAUGCUGCGUACCUUGGGGGGCAAUCUUGUGGACUUCAUUGAGAACCUGGAUGCCCUUCACAGCUACUUGGCCCUCUCCUAUGAGCAAAUGAAUGCCCCUUCUUUUCGGGUGGAGAAGACAGAAGAUGGAAAGAUGCUGUUGCAUUACUACUCAGAUCGAAGGGGACUGUAUCAUAUUGUUCCAGGCAUCAUAGAAGCAGUAGCCAAGGAUUUCUUCGACAGCCAGGUCCACAUGACCAUCCUCAACCAAUCAGAGGAGAAUGAGCACACUGGAAAGAAAGAGCAUGUAGUCUUCUUGGUUGUGCAGAUGACGAACAAAGCAAAGAAAAGGUCUCAGCUGGCUGGGAGUGACAACAGUGCUGACACUGAGGACAGGAAGCAAAGGGAUGAGAACUUUGUGAAGAUGAAGUCCAGGUAUGCCACCUUACCACCAUGUCCUGGAAGAAGGGCACCUUGGGAAAUUGUGAGGAGCAUUGUCAAGUUUGGGCAAGGCAACCUCAUGAACUCUUUCACCCCCUGCUACCCAAAGAAGCUGUGGAUCGAGGAGCAGACCUUCUGUAAUGCCUUUCCUUUCCACAUUGUCUUUGAUGACAAUCUCAAGGUGAAACAAACUGGGGUCAACAUCCAGAAAUUCGUCCCAGGACUGCAGACAAUGGACAUCAAGCUGGAUGAGUACUUCAGCAUCGUCCACCCUGAGGUCACCUUCAACAUUGAGAGCAUCAGGAAAUUCAUCAAUAGUCAGUUUGUGCUGAAGACCAGGAGGGAGAUGCUUCCAGAGUCCUCUCAGCAACAGUCAAUGCUCAAACUCCGAGGUCAAAUGGUGUGGAUGACUUCAUUGAACUGUAUGGUAUACCUGUGCUCACCAAAGCUGCGCAGCCUUCAGGAGCUGGAGAAACGAGGCCUACACAUCUCUGACAUUGCACCUCAUGACAUGACGCGUGACCUCAUCCUGCUCAACCAGCAGCGGCUGGCUGAGAUCGAGCUCUCCAACCAGCUGGAGCGCAAGAAGGAGGAGCUGCGGGUUCUCUCCCGUAACCUGGAGGUAGAGAAAAAGAAGACGGAGACUCUAUUGUACGCCAUGCUGCCCCGUCAUGUGGCCAACCAACUCAAGGAAGGCAAGAAGGUUGAAUCAGGUGAGUUCAAGGUGUGCACAAUUCUGUUCAGCGAUGUGGUGACCUUCACCAACAUCUGCGCAGCCUGUGAGCCCAUCCAGAUAGUCAACAUGCUCAACUCCAUGUACUCCAGGUUUGACCGACUGACCAACGUUCACGAUGUUUACAAGGUGGAAACCAUUGGAGAUGCUUACAUGGUGGUGGGAGGGGUUCCUGUUCCAACCAGCAGCCAUGCUGAGCGUGUGGCAAACUUUGCCUUGGGUAUGCGUAUCGCUGCCCGAGAAGUGACAAACCCCAUCACCGCAAACCCAAUCCAGAUCAGGGUGGGUCUCCACACUGGGCCGGUGUUGGCCGGAGUGGUUGGGGAGAAGAUGCCACGUUACUGCCUUUUUGGGGACACAGUCAACACAGCAUCCCGCAUGGAGAGUCACGGGGUCCCAGACCAUAUACACCUCAGCCCCACCACAUACAGAGAGCUUGAGAAUAAAGGCUUUGAAAUCACAGAGAGAGGGGAGAUCCAGGUCAAAGGAAAAGGCCUGAUGACCACAUACUUCCUCCUGCAGAAUCUCGGCCUUUCUGAGGACAGAAUUAUGGGCAGAGGAGCAGAAGAGCCAUAUGUGUACAGUGAUGGCCAGGAAGAGGUGACUGAGAAUAGACCAGGUACUCGGCAAUCAGCUGGUACAGGGACAGAAAAGGAUUUGGAGAAUGGAGGAAGUGAGGACUCAUCCCCCUCUUUGCAGGGUGACUUAAGCAAUGAUGCAUUUAGCUCUAGAUUCUGCCAACUGCUCUAAUUUAAGCUCCACUGCUGACGGUACUUAGUAGUGCCAGUCUCGUCCAGGAAUAUGUUGUUGCUCUUUAUAUUUGUCUCAUAGUUGUCAAAUAAGUGCAUUUCAGUUUGCUCCGGGGAGUCUUGCAAACAAGUACAAUUUUAUUUCCACCUUUCAGCUACCUAAUAAUAAUACUUCAGAUACUCACCGGUUAUGCCGAGAGAAAUUUAAAGGAGAGCAGGCAUAGAGGGAUGGUAGUGCAGGACGAGCCGUUAUCUUAUCGCUGGUAGCUUCCUCCAGCCGUCAUCUGGCCAGCCAAGGCUCCAGGUCCAGUCCUGUGGAUGGCCAUAUGGUGGAGAUGAGACACAUACUGUACCAGCCCACACCAAGGCAUGGAGAUGGCGGCCUCCAUGCGCUCCUGCCGGCAGCAGGGCUCGUGUUGCUGGCAGACAGCUGGCCCCUGCAGACUUGCCCGAAACAUAACCCCUGCUGCCCAGUUGAUUGAGGGAGCAACAAGCCGACACAUUUACUUGGUAAUCGCGCAAUGAGGUUUUAUAGAAUAAAUGGCAAAAUCCCUCAGCAGUUUAUUACGUUGAUUAGCUACCUUUUUACAUUUGAAUAUGACAAGGCAGGCAGAUAGUAAUUCAACAGUUAAAAAUAGUUUCCUACUGUGACAAAUUGACAUCUUGAUGUUCGUUUUCAGCAAAGAGCAGUUACUGUCAAGGUCGCUGCCCAUCUGGUCCUGCCCCAAAAGCUUUGUCCCCAUUUGGCCAGCAGUUUUCACUGGCUAACAUGUUCCCUCCUCUGUCUUCAUCCUAAGUCCCUCGUGUGUUUCCCUCCUCCAUGGAUUGCCGUAUAGAUCAAUGGGUUGAUCAUUCAGCCUCAGAAGCUGGACCAUUGGGCCUCUACUGUUUUUCGUUCAUAGUUUCCUCUGUUCGUUAAUCGUAUUCCACCUGUUUCAUGUUGUCCGGUGCCUUUUUGAUUAGUUAAUUUGGUUAUAGUCCUGCCCUUUGUUAAUCCUUGUUGUCUGUGUGUGUCCUUGUUGGCAGCAUGUGGCUCAGUGGGCUGUGCCUGUAAUCACAAGGUCGCCAGUUCAUGGUUUCUUUAGUUUGUUUUUAUUUUUCCUGUUUGCUUAUGACCCCUCAUGGUCCCUUUGUUUUGCACCGUUCCCUGGUGUCUUCAGUUUGUUUAAUAAUCCCCUUUGUUCUCAGAGCCGCUCCAUGGAUCCUCACCUUCUUCCACCUUCACCAUGCCCUGUCAUAACACUUACUGCUACUGUGUAAAAUUUAUAUUUUAAUGAUUGAAUACAUAUUAUUAUUGCCGUAUUUUGUUUAUUAAUGUAAAAUCACCAUUUAAAUAACUGUUUGAGUACAGUUGAGUACUGUUUGAAUAUCUGU